AUGUUGACGGCCGAGGCAUCAAUACAGUGGCCUGAGACGCCCACACCACAAGGGCAGAUAUCGCCUGCGGCUAUCAGUAGAGGCUCCGCGCCUGAGACCAUUGAUUCACCUGUGGGAAGCAGCGGAGAGUUCAGUGAUGGUGAUUCAACAACCCGUGGGAACAUGGACAUGGAACACAUCAUCGACAUCCUUGUACGGCAAGCACUUAGGUCAGACGAGAUUCCGUCGGAAAGUGCCUCCAGCGGUGAAUGGGCUGCGGAUGCAUGGAGUACCGACAGCGUCACCAGUUCUGGCACUGAAGAGGCUUGGGCAAAUGUCUGGCCUGGAGAUGUGUCUGAGUACGACAACGACUCGCACUCUGGUCCUGGACCGCCAAUAUCGACCCCUGCGGAUCCGUUCCGUUCUUUUCCUGAAACUAUUCCUGUCUUGAGCUCUCAAGAGCUCCUGUUACCACGACUGCUAACUGAGGAGCGUAUUUCUGUUACCCACAACCAUGCUGCAGCAGCACAGUUUGAUGCGAAUAUGCCAGCUGCCCUUGCCCCAGAGGCUUGGAUCAUGACGGACAUUUGGAGGAGGCUCAUUUUCGCGUGUUGGUAG